AUGAAUUCACCAACCGAGACAUCCGCACCAAGCUCUCCUGCCUCACGGGCAGGACGGGCUUCUACACGGGCGUAUGGACCUAACGUUGGGGGCCCUUUGCCAAAAAGUACAUCCCUGGGCUCCUAUGGCUCGCAAGCGUCAAGUGGCCGAUCAGGCACCCCGGGGGACGAGGCAGCCGCAAAUUGUGCGGAUCCCAGUACCAGGUUUCAGCCUACUCCUCCUGCUCCGCCUCGCUCACCACCACCACCUAAAUGUGAGUUUGUUGCAGCGUCGGCCCCGGCUCCAAAUCUUGCUGAUGCAACCACCACACCUGCCCUAACACAUACCAGAGCUUUCCCGACUACUCCCACCAUGUCCACCGAAGCUCCCGCCACGGCUCGGGAGCCAAUGACGCCGCAGCGACAGGUUUCGAGUGGUGCGGCGAUGCACACGCCCAUUGCCGUUCCCGACAGUGUCCAUCGCGUGCCGUCCACCUCAACCACUCCAGCAACGCAGCCACCAGCAAGCCAACAUCACCAUCACCACCACCAUCAUCAUGGCCAUAGUCAGAGCCACCACCAGCCACGGGUGCAAAAGCGUACUUCAGUGGGGCCGUGGGAUUUCGUCAAAUCGGUUGGUGCGGGAUCUAUGGGACAGGUCAAACUCGCGGUUAACCGCUACACCCGGCAGUCGGCUGCGGUGAAGAUCGUCCCCAAAGCAUUUACACAAAAGAACUGGGAAGGCCGCGAGUCCAAUGAUGCAAAGGACGCCCGCGUUAUUCGUGAGGCGGCAAUUGGAAAGCUAGUGUACCAUCCCAACAUUUCGCGGCUGUAUGAGGUUUAUUCCAUGUCCUCUCACUACUAUCUGGUGUUUGAGUACAUUGCCGGUGGUCAGAUGUUGGACUAUAUUAUUACCCAUGGGUCGGUGAAAGAGACACAAGCGCGUCGGUUCGCCCGCUCAAUUGCCUCGUCUCUCGACUAUUGCCACCGCAACUCUAUUGUCCACCGUGAUCUCAAAAUUGAAAACAUAUUAAUUGCUGAUGGGGGUGACAUCAAAAUCAUUGAUUUUGGUCUUUCAAACUUGUUUCGGCGUGACGAUCUUCUCAAAACGUUUUGUGGAUCUCUCUAUUUCGCCGCUCCCGAACUGCUCAACGCGCUACCGUAUGUCGGUCCUGAGGUUGAUGUUUGGUCCUUCGGUGUUGUACUCUACGUACUGGUCUGCGGUAAAGUUCCAUUUGAGGACAAGUCGAUGGCAGCCUUGCAUGCUAAAAUCAAACGAGGUGAAGUGGAGUACCCUACGUGGCUCUCCCCUCUUUGUACAGAUCUGUUGAGCAAAAUGCUCGUGGUAAGCCCGUCUGAAAGAGCAACAAUGCGAGACGUCAUUCACCAUCCAUGGAUGAACAAGGGAUUCGAUUCAGUUGUAGAAUGUUUUGUUCCUGACCGUGUACCUCUCGAACUACCGCUGGACGGUGAAGUUCUUAACGAGAUGGUUGAAAUGAGUCUGGCAAAAGACAUUGAUUUUCUGAGAGUCGAGCUCGAGGGUGUUUUACAGUCUCCACAAUAUCUCGAAGCAGUUGCAGCUUGGUAUGAUGCCAGAGCGUCUUCUUCGGCCCUCCCCAGCCGGGCGGCUGAUCCUCUCAAUUCUUAUCACCCCUUUAUCUCCAUGUACUUUUUGACCCGCGAGCGCCUGGAACGCGAAGCUGUGGUUUCAUCUUCUACAAGCCUUGCAUUUGGAGCCCCCAUGCCAGCAGUUGAAUCGACCCCACUUCCACCCACCAGAGCGCGGUCACGGUCUAGCGACCGAGACAACCUGCCAACCCGGGCAGCAACCACUACAGCCGCUUCCACAACAUCCCAACAUCAAAGACACAGUUCAACAUCACCGGCUCCGCCGGGCCGGCGCGCUGUCACGGGUCCAGUUGCGAAGCCUGCUCAACCACAACUUCCAUCUGCAUCUCAACUUAGUGCACCAGCGCCUCCAGCAGCAGCUGGAAGAUUACGAUCACGCACAGUUGGAACCUCUGAGUAUCCUGGUGUCAUGUAUCCUGAGCUAGCGGUCAAGAGAGGAUUUAAUCCCGCUAAUGACCCUGGCCCUACCCCACCGAUUUCACCCCAAGUAGGUGGUGAGCGGCGCAGUAACUUAUCGUCUCUGUUCCGGAGAAUCUCUCUGCGUCGCCGGUCGGGUCGGAGCGACUCAAAUGAAAGAUCAGGAGACAUUUCAGUGGACGGGCUGGCAUCUCAACAUAGCAGCCGCGAACCAUCACGAGACCGGGCCAGUGUUCGCCGAGUUCCCUCUCGGCAUUCAGGCAAUUCGGGUGAGCUUUCCGGGCAAGACACCGCGGGAGCUACCCCGCAGAGCUCCACCACCAAACAGACUUUACGUGUACCGGGGCACACUCGUGCCAAAUCAACGGGCUAUCCUGGUCCAGUGCAGGCCACGGACUCGGGCCCCAUGCGCCCAUCGCACUCGCGCCAGCCGUCGCACUUGGCAGAGCGCAUUGAGGAGGAAAUGCCGUCCAUAGAGUCACCGCGGCAAGUGUUCUUCAAAGGAUUCUUCAGUGUACAGUCGACGUCUACGAAAUCGUUGCGGGAAAUUCGAGCCGAGAUUAUCCGGGUGCUCACCGAGCUUUCCAUCGACUUUGUCGAGAUCAAAGGCGGGUUUGCUUGUAUCCAUGGCGCUUCUCCGUCAUCAACGGCAGCCACUACUCUACCAGUUUCGGUAACUAGCCCUCGUCAGCCGGCUCACCGUCGCGGUCCUUCGUUUGGAGCAUCCCCGCCGCAUGCGUCGCCAUCACGCCCGUCCGAGUUCUCGAACUCGUCCUCGGAUUCGGUUGAGUUGACGGGGUCGGACAUGCUGGGCCACGAGCCCACUAACAAACCGCCCUCGCCCGUCCGGUUCGAAAUCAGCAUUGUACGGGUGCCUCUAUUGUCGUUACAUGGCGUGCAGUUCAAGAAACUCACAGGCGAUAUGUGGCGAUACAAGUCGAUUGCUCAGGAAAUUCUGGAACAUCUAAAGCUUUAA